AUGCCUUGCUCUGAAGAGACACCGGCCAUCUCCCCCAGCAAGCGGGCCCCUGCAGAGGAGGGGACCAUGCGGCUGCGCUUUUCCCGCCUUUCGGAGCACGCCACGGCCCCGACCCGUGGGUCUGCGCUGGCCACCUGUACAGUACCACCUAUGGAGAAAGCCAUUGUGCAAAUGGACAUUCAGAUAGCUCUUCCUUCUGGAUGCUAUGGAAGAGUGGCUCCACGUUCUGGCUUGGCUGCAAAAUACUUCAUAGAUGUGGGAGCUGGCGUCAUAGAUGAAGAUCAUAGAGGCAAUGUUGGUGUUGUAUUGUUUAAUUUUGGCAAAGAAAAGUUUGAAGUCAAAAAGGGUGACAGAAUUGCCCAGCUCAUUUGUGAACGGAUUUUUUAUCCAGAAAUAGAAGAAGUUCAAGUUUUGGAUGACACUGAAAGAGGUUCAGGAGGUUUUGGUUCUACUGGGAAGAAUUAAAAUUUAUACCAAGAAUAGAAAAUGAAAA